AUGAUUACCUCUGCAAAGCGGAAAGUCCUCGAUGGACUGAAUAGAAGAUAUAUCUACGGUCGCGUGCCACUUUUGCACACGAUUAUAUUCCUCAUCGAGAUGGCUGUCGCUACGCGGAUUGCGAGCAAAUUCAACACUUACUAUGCCGAGAAGCCAGUUCUCACGACGAUGGUCACCAACGCUGUGCUUGGUGGCGUCGCCGAUACCGUUGCGCAGUUAAUUACCGCCUUCCGGGCACGAAAUGCUCAACGAACGCUCGAGAAUAAUGACUUCAUUUCGAUAGAGAUUCAUGACUUGGACAAGGGGAGACCACCUGUGAUCGGAGAGAUUGGGCCUGCGGCACAGUCUCCGGCGCCGUUCGACUUUGAGCGUGUGACGAGAUUCAUGGCAUAUGGUUUCUUCAUGGCUCCGGUCCAAUUCCAGUGGUUCGGAUUUUUAUCACGAGCAUUCCCUCUCACCAAGAUGAACCCCAGUGUGCCCGUGUUCAAGCGCGUUGCCUUUGAUCAGUUGAUAUUUGCGCCUUUCGGUCUGGCGUGUUUCUUUACUUUUAUGACCAUUGCCGAAGGAGGAGGCAAGAGAGCGUUGACUCAAAAGUUCCGGGACGUAUACUUGCCAACGCUCAAGGCCAACUUUGUCCUGUGGCCGGCAGUCCAGAUUCUCAACUUCCGAGUCAUUCCUAUCCAGUACCAGAUUCCAUUUGUUUCAUCUAUUGGUAUUGCGUGGACCGCAUACCUCUCGCUCACCAACUCCGCGGAUGAGUCUUGA